GCAAGGGAGGAGGAUCUUCUUCCUCCGCGACCGGCCUGACUGGUCCUCUGUUCUCCACGCCGCUGAGCCUAGUCGUACUAAUUCUCCGGCUUUCUGUCCGGGAAACCGGUGAUCUCGAAAGAUGUCCGGUGCUUCAGAUAAGUAUUCCCCGCUUUGAUAAAGUCUGAUAACUGUCGUGUGUCGCUGAUAAGGCGGCGGCCAUGCUAAAAGUCCAUACAUCUAAGUCUCCAUAUCCACACGAGGAUGCUUUGGGAGACAUUAUUCUUUGAAACUCUUCACACAUAGUGCUCUGAUUUAAUAUACCGCACAGCACAAGGUUCAGGAUCAACAUGGACAAUUCCGUAAAAUCUGCGGCCCCUGUUGCCCACUCCCUUGAUGAUAAAGGGUCAGGCAGUAUUCGGGUCCAGAAUGCAGAUGAAUUGCGCCUGGCGCAGAUGGGCCAUAAGCAAGAGCUGAAACGCCACUUCUCAGUAUGGAGUCUCAUCGGGCUGGCUGCAAACUGUACCAUCUCCUGGACUGGACUCGGUCUGGGUCUCAUCACCUCCAUCAACGCUGGCGGUCCCGGUGCCCUUAUCUACGGAUUUAUCCUCGUCUUUAUCCUGCAAUGCUUUCUAGGAACAUCACUAGCGGAGUUUGUUUCUGCGUACCCAGUCGAAGGUGGGAUGUAUCACUGGAUUGCAGCCAUUGCCCCGAAACGUUACAGCAAUGUGUUAAGCUUUGCGACUGGUUGGAGCACAGUGUUCGGCUGGAUAUUUACCACCGCCUCUACGAACCUCGUUUAUUCGUCGAACUUCGUCGCCCUUAUUGCCUUAUACAGACCUAAUCUUGUUGUGCAGCCUUGGAUGACUUUCGUUGCGUACCAAGGGUUCAACGUUAUAACAUCUGGAAUUGUCAUGUUUGGCAAUAAGUGGAUGCCAGUAAUCAACAAGUUCUCAUUAUGCUACCUCCAACUGGCCUGGUUCGUCAUCCUGGUCACCGUCGCAGCCACUGCCCCCAAGCAUAACGAUGCAGAAUUCGUCUUUCGUACUUGGAUUAAUGAAACUGGUUGGAAGAACAACGUCAUCUGUUUCAUAACGGGCCUAGUCAACCCUCUCUACUGCCUAGGCGGCCUAGAUGGGAUCACUCACAUCACCGAGGAAAUGCCAAACCCAGGAAGAAAUGCUCCUUUAGCCCUAGCUUGCACACUCGCCAUAGCUUUCGUAACCGGCUUCACCUACCUCCUCAGUCUCAUGUUCUCCGUCCAAGACUACGCAAGCCUCGCCGACUCCCCGACAGGCCUCCCCCUCGCAGAGCUUUUUCACCAGGCAACCCAAAGCCGCGGAGGCGCCUUUGCCCUCGUCUUCCUUCUCUGGGUUGCAGUCGGGCCAUGCAUGAUCGGCUCACAGCUGAGUACCGGACGAAUGCUCUGGGCAUUUGCCAGAGACGACGGACUUCCCUUCUCCAAAUUCUGUUCCAAAGUCAACAAGCGAUUCGGAGCCCCCGUCAACGCCCAGCUAUGCGUGGGUAUCAUCAUCGCACUUCUAGGCUGUAUCUAUCUUGGUUCCAGCACCGCGUUUAACUCGAUGAUGAGUUCUUCUGUAACCAUCAACAACAUCGCCUACCUUGUUCCCAUCCUCACAAAUGUCCUCCUUGGUCGGAAAACCAUGCACCGUGGUCCGUUCUCACUAGGAUAUGUAGCAGGAAUGACAGUAAAUAUUAUCACUGUUGCGUGGCUGGUCUUCGCAAUUGUGUUUUUCUCGUUUCCGUAUGAUAUGCCUGUUACUGCCUCAAAUAUGAAUUAUACGUGUGUAUGUGUUGGUGGAUUCUUGCUGUUGGAGCUACUGUGGUGGAUUGUGGCGGGGAAGAAGUAUUCGAGACGAAUGCAGAAGGUAAGGGAAGAAGAGAAAAAUGCUUCACAGGCGGUGGUGGUGGAUCAUCUGGGAAAGAGCUGAAUCUGGUAUUGUUUUUUGGGUUUGGACCAAUUUGUCUUGUCUUACGUGUAUUGGUUAAGGUUAUAUUAAGGUUGAAUUUAUG